AUGUCAACGAUACAGAACCUCAAGAACUUCAUCCGUCACGGCAAGCAGGCGCGCGACCAGAACCCAAAGUCGCCGCCUGACCAACCUGCCGUGUCUAAUGUCCACGCCCAGCGUCAUCACAAUACACAACACCAUGCCUCGCCAAGACAGCAAGAGCAAAGGCAUCACGACCAAUACGCCAUGAGUGAUCCCAACGUUUACGCCCACCAGCCUCUGCAAGCAAAUGCCCCUCAGGGCGACUUCUCUGCCGCUGUCAUUGACAACCGCAACGUCGCCGCCAAGGCAGGUGCCGCCGCCGGCGCUGCUGUUGACAAGCAACAAAAGAAGGAACAAGGCAGAAAGGAUGUUGAUCCCGAAGUACUGGAGCGCAUUGUUGCAGAGGAGCGUGAGGCCAAGGGCAAGCUGCCCAGAUACCCCGGACUCGAGAGAUGGAACCUGGUCGAGAAGAUGGGCGACGGCGCCUUCAGCAACGUCUACCGCGCCAGAGACAGCCAAGGUGUCUACAACGAGGUCGCCAUCAAGGUUGUGAGAAAGUUCGAGAUGAACUCAACCCAGGUACAAGUCCAGAUCAUGCGUCAACUCGACCACCCCAACAUCGUCAAGCUUGUCGAGUUCUCCGAGGCCCGUCAAUACUACUACAUUGUCCUUGAGCUCUGCCCUGGUGGUGAGCUCUUCCACCAGAUCGUCCGUCUCACCUACUUCAGCGAGGACUUGUCAAGACACGUCAUCGUCCAGGUCGCAAAGGCUCUCCAGUACAUGCACGAAGAGGCCGGUGUCGUCCAUCGUGAUAUCAAGCCCGAGAACUUGCUCUUCUACCCUACACCUUUCAUUCCCACCAGAAACCCCAAGCCCAGAGGUCCCGAUGACGAGGACAAGGCCGACGAGGGUGAAUUUAUCAAGGGUGUUGGUUCUGGUGGUAUUGGUCUGAUCAAGGUUGCCGAUUUCGGUCUUUCCAAGGUCAUCUGGGACAGCCAAACCAUGACUCCCUGCGGAACUGUUGGUUACACUGCCCCCGAGAUCGUCAAGGACGAGCGCUACUCCAAGAGUGUCGACAUGUGGGCACUCGGCUGUGUGCUCUACACUCUUCUCUGCGGUUUCCCUCCAUUCUACGACGAAAGCAUCCAGGUCCUCACCGAAAAGGUCGCCAAGGGCCAGUACACUUUCCUGUCUCCUUGGUGGGAUGACAUCUCCAAGUCUGCCCAAGAUCUUGUUUCGCACCUCUUGACCGUCGACCCUGACAAGCGCUAUGACAUCAACCAGUUCCUCGAACACCCCUGGAUCCGUGAGUCUGGUGAGGAAACCAACGCCGCCGCCGACGCUCCUCCUCUCGCCACCCCUCUGUACCGCCAACCUCACUCCGCCGACAUGGACUCCAAGACUCCUCUGCAACAAAACUUCGAUCACCUUCUCGAGACUCCUGGUGCUGGAAAGCGCAUGGACUUCCGUUCACCUGGUGCCGUCAACUUGCGUGAGGUCUUCGAUGUUUCAUAUGCCGUCCACCGUCAAGAAGAGGAGGGCAAGCGUCGCAAGAACUUCAAGCAGGGAUACCGUGGUGCCACUGGCCUCAACUCGCUCAACGCCCUUGAUGAGGAUGAGGAUGAUGAGUACGGUCAAUCACAACCCUACGACACCACAUCAGCAAACCCUCCGGCCAAGGCUCCCAAGGCUGGUGCUUCCGACGUUACUGGCGUCGAACGCCAAAUGCGCAAUACCUCAUUGUCGGCCGCUGCUCAGGCUCGUCAGCAAGCUGCUCCUCGCACACAACCGCAGGAGAAGGGUUACGGUCAGCAUAGUGCCGCUGUUGCAGCCGCAGCCAAACGCCAGGUCAAGAACCGUGGCGCUUUCGAGCUGAGCCUGGAUAACGCCACAUUAUUGGGCCGCCGCAAGAAGCCUGAGCCUAGCAAGAUGAGAGAACAGCUCACUGUCCAGUAG